CAGCAGCGUAUACUAUAGACUAGAGAGCUCCGGACGCGAUGGCUACUGCGUCCUUCGUUGCCUACCUCGAGACGCCUAGAGAGCUCCGGGUGCUGGGGUUCCGGGCGCCGCCGCCGUCUCCGAUCACCGGCGUCCUAACAAACGGUGGAUCUGGGUUAACUGAGCACGGCGAGUGCUCCGACGGCGACGAGGAUGACGAGGUCGGCAGGUUCCUGCGCCGCUCGGCCAGAGUUCCGGUGCUGCGGCUGCCGCAGAGGGCUAUACCACGGAAGGAGAAGAGUGAUAAGGCGGUGUGGGCUCCCCCGGUCAUCGACAUGCGCCUGCUGGCUUCGCCGGAUGCCGGUGGGCCGGCGGUGGAGGCGCUGAGGUCGGCGGCCGUCGCGCUUGGCUGCUUCCAGGCGGUUGGCCAUGGGGUCAAUGAGUGCUUGCUCUCAGCUGCGGCGGGGAGGGCGAGUUCACUUACGCCGGAGGAGGAGGAGGAGGCCGGUGGAGAAGAUGAGGAAGAUGGUGAGGAGCUGUGGUGGUCACACAGGGAAGGAGACCAGUUCAGGACCGGAGCAGGCGAUUUGUUCAUCCAGCUGGAGCAAACCGCAGCCAGACUCAUGGACGCCCUGCGGCGAGACAGCGUUGGCGCCACCAUGGACAGGGUUGACAGGAACGGCUCGCAACUCUGCAUACGCACGCACCACCGCCGGCGGUGCGAUGGCGGCAGCGGCUCUGUUGGGCCGAUCACUAUCAGCAGCCAGGACGAGAUCCUGAGGAUGCUGAUCAAGAGCUCGCGCUGCCCGCGUGCCCUCGCUCUCCGCCUCUGCCCCGGCGCCUCGGCGUUCCACGUCUUCUCCCGGCAGCGGGGACGGGCCAGGUUCCGCCCAGUCGGCGGCGCCGUCGUGGUCACCGUCGGAGACCAGCUUCAGGCAUGGAGCAGUGGACUCUACAAGAGCGUGGCUGGGACACCAGCUUACAGCGGCGACGGUCUGCGAUUCUGUGACGUUGUUGUCUCAGCGGAGUACAGGUACAGCCACAGCCACAGCCACUCCUGCUCUUCGGACAGCAAGCCCGUGCAAGCGGAUGCCGGGAAGAUCAUUCAGUUGAAUCUGCAGAUCAUGGUAGCAACCUGCCUUGUACUCGUGUACCACUUUCUCCUGUCAUGGUUGUAUACGAUUUGUUGCCACUAGUUCUUGAGAAGCUGCAGGAUUUGUUGCCUGAAAAUGCAGCUUGGUUUUUAUUUUAAGUUCAGCUUGGCUUGUGAGGCGAGCAUUAGCCCGGGACCAAUACGAAUUAGCCCAGGACCAAAAGUAUAGGGUAGGAAGCAUGAACCGCUUUGGGGCUCGCCUUGUACUCCCUCCAUCCUAAAAUAAAUAAUUUAAAAAUGACUCAACUUUAUA